AUACGCUAUAGCGCAAGUGGCAUAUGUCGCUGCUUCAGCACCGGCCUCGACAGGAUCCGUGGAAAGUGCGACAGCUGCGGUGGUUCGACGCAGUCGAGAUGCGUGGCAUCGCUUUGUUCGUCGCCGCUGUUUCACUGAUUGUAGAGUGCACAGCAGAAUCAUCCAUUUGCUCUGGCUUCGGGAACGAGUUCUGUCGCAACGCUGAAUGCGAAGUGGUGCCUGGUGCAGAGGAUGAUUUCGUGUGCAAAUGUCCGCGAGAUAAUAUGUACUUCAACGCUGCUGAAAAGCAAUGUGAAUAUAAAGAUACGUGCAAGACAAGGGACUGCAGCUAUGGACGUUGCGUUGAAAGUAACCCGAGCAAGGCUAGCUGCGUCUGCGAAGCAUCGGACGAUCUGACGCUACAAUGCAAAAUUAAAAAUGACUACGCAACUGACUGCCGAAACAGGGGUGGCACUGCUAAGUUGCGCACGGAUGGGUUUAUUGGCGCAACGUGUGACUGUGGUGAAUGGGGUGCGAUGAACAAGACCACCCGGAACUGUGUCCCUACCACGUGUCUUCGUCCCGACUUGACCUGUAAAGACCUCUGCGAGAAAAACCUGCUUCAAAGGGAUUCUCGUUGUUGUCAGGGGUGGAACAGCAACUGUUCAGCCGCUCCUCCAGCUGACUCCUAUUGCUCUCCUGGGAGCCCCAAAGGACCGGACAGACAGUGUAAAAAUGCUUGCAGGACGAAAGAAGCUGGGUUUGUCUGCAAGCAUGGAUGCAGGUCCACCGACAAGGCGUACGAGUGCACGUGCCCGAGUGGCUCUACCGUCGCCGAAGAUGGAAUUACCGUGCAAAAAAGACCGCACGCAUCAGCUGCACUGCUUGAGCAAAAACAGACCUGCCUCCCAACCGAAGACUGUCGUGUGCACAAAGGAACUGUGUUGUGUGAGUGCCCGUGGAAUCAACAUCUAGUGGGGGACACGUGCAUAAGUGAUUGCGUCGACAAAAAAUGCCACGAAGAAUUUAUGGACUGUGGCGUAUAUAUGAAUCGACAAAGCUGCUAUUGUCCAUGGAAAUCAAGGAAGCCGGGCCCAAAUGUCAACAUCAAUGAAUGCCUACUGAAUGAGUAUUACUACACGGUGUCAUUCACCCCAAACAUAUCUUUUGAUUCUGACCAUUGCAAAUGGUAUGAGGAUCGUGUUUUGGAAGCGAUACGGACCAGUAUCGGAAAAGAAGUUUUUAAGGUUGAGAUACUUAACUGCACGCAGGACAUUAGGGCAAGACUCAUAGCAGAGAAACCACUGUCAAAACACGUGCUCAGGAAACUACAAGCAUGCGAGCAUCCAAUCGGCGAAUGGUGCAUGAUGUAUCCGAAGUUGCUGAUCAAGAAAAACUCUGCAACAGAAAUUGAAGAAGAGAACCUUUGCGACAGUCUGCUCAAGAAUCAGGAAGCUGCCUACAAAGGUCAAAACAAAUGCGUCAAGGUCGACAACCUCUUCUGGUUCCAGUGCGCUGAUGGUUACACAACAACUUACGAGAUGACACGAGGUCGCCUACGCCGCUCCGUGUGUAAAGCUGGAGUUUCUUGCAACGAAAACGAGCAGUUGGAGUGUGCUAACAAAGGGCAAAUAUGUGUUUACGAAAACGGCAAAGCGAAUUGCCAAUGCCCACCAGACACUAAACCUGGGGAGAUCGGCUGCAUUGAGCGUACCACAUGCAACCCUAAAGAGAUACAAGAAUGCCAAGACAAGAAGCUGGAGUGCGUUUACAAAAACCAUAAAGCAGAAUGCAAGUGUCCUGAUGAUCACGAGUGUUCUAGGGAGCCUGCCAAAGACUCUUGCAGUGAAGAAGAUAAUGGUAAAUGUCAAAGCAGUGGGCAGCGUUGUGUAAUGGAAAACGGAAAUGCUGUUUGCAAAGAGAAGUCUGAUGCAACAACAGCUUCGACUACAACAACGAAAGCGAAAGACAAGGAUCCAGAUCCUGGAAAGUCAAGUGCUGCAGCAGUAUCAGCUACUGGGCUCUUGUUACUGCUCGCAGCUACUUCAGUCACCGCAGCAUCGUUGUAAUGAAGAUGUCCAACUUGAAUACGGAACAGCUUGAAAAUGUAUAUAUACAUCACGCUUACAUCGAACAUCUAGCUUGGUCUUUGGAAUUUCAAUAUUGCGCAUGGGUACUCACGGCAACAUGGACGUAUUAUUUUAGAAUGACAGGGAAGAUGGACGUGAAAGGAGUUUCCUUGUCUGAAAAUAUCAAAGAAAAACUUCCCCUAUCUGAAUGAUGUCAAAUAAAGAUAGUUGGGUCUAAACAAACAAAAAAAACUAAGAGUUCCAUAUAUUCAGUUUUCAUUAUUUGUUUUUAAAACGCCAAAGCUAAACUUCUAUGAGGUUUAAAAGUAAACUGUUGAAAGACAAUUGAAAUGUUUAAGUUUGAUAACCAACCACUCGAUCUUGUACUAUGAUGUGCAACUGGACAAGUGAGUUACAUUGUCAGCGCAAUCAUAGUUUUCGAGAUGUUAAUGAUAGUUAAGAACUUGGUCACUACGGAAGUCAUAUAUGUAUACUACGCAGCUGUAGGUUUCUGUGAUGGUGACUGGUGGAUAAUAUUAAGGAGGCAUUGCUAAUAUCUCAAUUUAGUGAAGUUUUUUAAGAGAUACGUUUAAUUUGGAGCCUAUGUGCAGGUUAUGCGAUUACGUAGCUUGGUGGUUCUGUAUUAAAUAUUCGGCGAAUAAUUUGAAAGAAAAUAUUUGGUGUCACUUGAUUUAUUAAAGGAAUGUAGGCAGCUUUGUCACAAUUAUUUCACACAAACAUACAGCUACAACUGAAGUGCGUCGUAAAGAAGUCGUAACGAAAGAUUGCUCAACGUAGAAAAAAAAAACGUACGCCGAAAAGUGGCGCCUCGUCAGCUGAAUUUCGGUGCCACGUAAGUAAAAAACAAGGUUGUAGAAACGUAAAUUCGUUGAAAGCGGUGUUUAUAUUAUCAUCUGUCGAGUAAUCUGAUAACUUUUAAAAAGGCAUGUUGUCCUGCAAGAUGUUUUUGCCUGCAUAGCACUUGCUUCCUCAAAAGUAACGUCGAGGCGUUGAGCAAUAUUAACAUAAUACAUCCAUGAGGAUUGUUCACUGUUCUCGUCGUGUUCAUCAUUCAUCACCCCCCCCCCCCUUUUACAUCAUUGUUUUUUCCUCUUUUUGAAAGGAGUGCCUUACGGCAAAUUCACAUAGAUGCAACAAGAACAUUGAGUGCAAUUCCUGAACCUUUUAUGGCCGUUUCAACCACGUGGAACUCUGUGCGCGUUUAAUAGGCACAUCAGCGCAGGCUGUUUCCCAAUUACUGGCAUGACUUCACACGACGAAAAUUUGCGCACUUCGUUAUACAUUCCCCUAAGAUAAGACGAAGCAGAAAAGUAUUUUUCUUAAUUUUCUCCUCUGGUGACGUAAUAGUCCUCCUUCGCCCCGCCGCGAAAAUUUUCUAUUCGCAACGAGCUUUCGCACUGCCUCCAGGAACGAGGCACUGCUUCUGCAGCUCACCUGGUUCUGCCCUGCCUCCGUGACAGGCACACCCAAAACCAAGCAACGAUGUCUCGUGAUGAGGUCACCAUGCGACGUCCGGGGAUGUGACGCCGCGAUGACGUGACAUGGUGACGUAAUCACGAUAUAUUUUACGUCACUCACGUUGGCACCGCUGACGGUUCCAUUCUCUAGUUCGAUGAAGCUUCUAAGGUUUGUGCCUUGAUAACGUAUAAAUUAACUCCUCAGUGUCAUUACUGGGUCUAUGUUGUGUAAGAUUUCAGUUAACACGUUUCUAUAAUCUUCAAACAGACUGCGCUGUUUAUUGCGUUCGUAGCAAUAUCUCCUCCUAACCUCCCAGGUAACGUGUACUUGAAAUACAUUUUCUGAUGCUAUGGUUCGACAUGUAACGACGCAAAAAAGACAACGCAUAGUUCUUUAUUGUUUCAGCACAAAGAAAUCUGAUGCGAAUUCCUUGUGUACACCACCAUAUCGUCGAGAUCGCAAUCGACACACCCGUAAGGAUUGCAAUAUUGUGUAAAGUGCGUUGUGAAUAUCGUAGCUAGCCAUUGCAAAUCAUUGAACCUUGUAUCUUAUAAGUGUGCUUUGCUAGAUCAUUUUAGCCCUAGCUUUGACAAACACUGACCACUUGGCAACGCUAUUUGCGCAAGUAUGAGUGUUAGUUACAAACGACUAUCACCAAUAAAAAUUAUCCAUUUUAUUUCUUCA